CACGCCGUAUGUUGUCAAAAGAAAAAAGAUGGCGUCGGUGGCAGAAAUGUACGAUGUUGGAUGGGAAGGUGAGUCAGAAGCUUGUAAAGAUUCUACACCAGUUUCACCGAGACAUGCCUUAUAUUAGGACAUUAGAGUUUUGUUCCCUGAGUACAGAGUAGCUGAGGAGUCGUCACCGUCGCAGACCGAAAAUAAGUCAGCGUGUCAAAGAGCUAGCUCACCCCCACUUAGCAUGGUUAGCUUACGGUCUGCUAACGCCAUGGUUUUAUCCGCAUUUUACACGAAAAGGCUCGACGACUCAUGUUUUAAUGUGGUUUGUGAAUAAUAUAUGUAAGCAUAGCCUGUCUGGUCCAUAUUAGCCAGUUGAAACUUGUUGUGAGAGCCAGAAACGAUAACGUGUUCUCGGCUAACAUUAGCCAUCAUCCCUGUGUUACUGUAGGCUGACGAGCCCUGCAGAUGAAAUAGUCGUUUGGCGAUGCGCUCGAGAUGUCAUCGUGAUUUUUUGUAAUAAGUACAUGUCAUCAAACAACAUAUGACUGUGAACAAAGUGGAUUUCGGUUUAGGGGUGUCUGAAAAGCAUGUAUAAUGUAAAUCUAAUCGCUCUGAAAGUGUAUAAAAGUGCAUUAUGUCAGUGAAUACAUCAGUGAAGCUGCUUAAGUCCUGCUGUUGGCACAAGAAGCAGACCUGAUCUUUUGUGUUCAUAAGUGUGUGUCUUUCAGUUGUGAAACAGUUGUCUUCAUGCUUUGUUUAUACAUGUCCACAGAAAUGAGAGACAAGUUACGUAAAUGGAGAGAGGAUAACUGCAGAAACAGUGAGCAAAUCGUGGAUGUUGGAGAAGAGCUUAUCAGUGAUCAUGCAUCCAAACUGGGAGACGACAGUAAGUGUGCUGAAACUACACAUAGUUUAUAAUGGGCGAGAGUUCCCCUUUCAUCCACUUUUUCAGCUUUUAUUUCUCAACAGUUGUACCAAACUUGCAUAAACAAAGGGAAAUAACACCACUGUUGUAGAUGACAAUCAGACAUUUCAAGAAAGCCUUUUGCAGACUGUAGGAUUGAUACUUUUUUUGUAUCAGGAUCUUCUGCUUUUUACCACAAACCCUAAAUAUCUCAGCAGAAUCAGUCAGGCAGAUGUGUUUGACUCUGGGUUCAUCCACACAACUAUAAGAGAUAUCGUUGAUCUAAGUGGGUGAUUUGUUCCCAGAUAGAUUUUUUCCCCUCUGCUUUUUUGUGGUAUGUAUUUUUCUUUUGGAUGCAUGUCCGAAAUGGAUCUUAGGUUUCCUGUGAUGUGGAAACAGAUAGACAGACAGUCAUGGCUGGAAAGCCAAGACUACAAGAUCGAAUACAUUAAACACGUAUUUUGGAGAUUUGAGAUGGAGAGGUAAAAUACUUAACUUGGAGAAGUUGAAUACACAUAAAAGCAAUUAUGUCAACAUUUUCAUAUUUCUUGGUCUGCUGACCUAGACUGGAAGUAGACAAUGUCACUUAAAAUAAACAGAUGGAUUAAAUGUUAUUGCUGAAAAUGACCUCUGGAAGAUGUCAUUAUUCCAGACCAGGACUUGGAGUUUAAAGCUCCUGUGAGCAGCUUUUAGUUGGUGUCAAUUUUGGUGCCCCCUCUGGACAAACCGUCUUUGUUUAAAUUGUCUACAGUGAUUUAAAGGCCUGCUGACUAUUGACACUCGGAUGCAUAAUUUAUUGUGCAUGUUUUAUGUAGAACUUGUAAAAACAGGGAUGUUUCCCCAGCUGCUUAGCUGAGACCUACCCCCUCACACCACUUUCAGGCAGUAACAUUGUGAUGUAAAAAAAACUUGAAUCUUGUCACAGGGGGUCCUGUCUGCUUUUGAAUGUAAUAAAAAAAAAAAGGAUUGAUAUUUUCAAUGUUAGUCUGUUUCAUAAAUAAUAAAAAAAAACUCCUCACAGGAGCUUCAAUCAAUCAAUCAAUCAAUCAAUAAUCAAUCAAUCAAUCAUUUUCUUAUGUAACGCCAAAUCACCACAGUACAUGUCUGAAGACACUUUAAAAAAAAGCAGGUCUGGACCAAAGUCUUUGUUAAAGUCAUUUAGGUCCUGAACUACGUGCACUACAUAGUACAAAUCCAUUAGCUUAGAUAUAGGCACACAUAUGCUGUAAUCACAUGACAGUUGAAAAAAAAGUGUUAUUUUGUGGGCUCAUAAUUAUUAAAUAUAUUAAGCCACUUAUAUUGUGCAUCUCUGUUGUUUGAUUUUUAUUCCUCUGGUUGCAUCACAACAGCUCAUGCUUGAAGUGCCAGCAAAUAUAAAGGCAAAACAUUGCCUGUCAUUGGUCACUUUUGAUUUCUACUAAAAUACAAACUGUACUUUUUUACCAAACUGGCUGUUUUAAAAUCCUGAUUGGUGUUACAUUAUGUAGUAUCGCAAUAUUUGUCUUAUGAUAAAUUGUAUCGUGUCAUUGACCAAGCAUCGAUUUUCAUAUUAAUUGUUAAUAUGAAGUCAAAUAUAUGAUAAUGGAAAAUAAAAUAAACUAUUUGUCCAUUGAGCUUGGCAGAGGUGACACCAUAGAGCAGGAAAAAGUAUGUGCAUAUAUAUGUGCUACAUGAAUAAAUAGCACAUCUUGCUCACAUCAAAAUAAAAUACAGUGUUAGUAAGACAAACAUAAAGGAAAGACAGAUGUUGUAUUGUAUCGCAAUACUCACUGUAUUGCAAAAUGUAAUAAAAUGUAGUGUUAUUAUAACGUGGCCAUAUCAUAUCGUGGACCACUAGUGAUUCCCACCCCUAAUUAUUGGGUGCCUUUCUGUCAGCGUAAUAGAUCAGGUGAUGCGUUGCUAAAGACAUUACAAGCUAUUUGGGACAAAUUUGAUUGAUAUUCAAAAAUUAUCGAGUCCCUUGUUAGAAAAGUUCAAUUACAAAUAAAAUAUGGGUAAAUGUAUGUUUACAUCAACUUAACGUAUUUAAAUGUGUGUGCUGUAUAAAACACCAAAUAUUUCAACAUCCAUGAGUUCAUUUGUAGCUUUUCUGUCCUUCAGCAUCAGCUUUUAUUAAACUCCCCCUUUCUACUAGCCUUUAUGAUACAUACAGUCUUCCAAUGAGGGGGAUAAAUACUUUGCAUGCCAUGGUUUUACUGAAACCAGCUCUUUAAUUGGCUGUGAAAUUAUAUGACAAUUAUCAAAACAAGCAUUGUAGUCGUAAAAGUCAAGAAAAACCAGGGUCAUUUAUUGAUUUUGGCUUUACCAUGUAGUUUAUUUUGGGUGGAGUUGGGCUUUAUUAUUAUCCUUAAUUGACGAGAGUUGUUCAUUUAGCUUAAAUGUCUAGUUAGAUGGCCAAAGCUGUCUGUCAAGCGUGUUGUAGUCAUUUCAUUAAUUGGUUUCUGUAGCCAGGCAAUUAGCCAGUGUGUUUGAAUGUUCCAGUUGACUGCACGAAAAAACAUAUAAAUUUUUAGCUCAAACUUCUGCCAAGAGAAACAUGUUAAAGGAAUGGUUGUACUUAGAAAUGAGAGCAUGCUACAUUCCGGCCUCUCUAAUUUUACAAAUGUACCAGGGCUGAAACUUUCAGACUCACCAAAGACUUUUUGUCUUUAUCCCGAAAAAAAAAAAAAAAAAAAAGAUGUUUAAAAACAUUGUUAGCUCCAAAGCAGGGUUUGUCCUGACUCAAAUUAAAGCUGAGGUAUUACCUUGUUAAACCUGAAUUAGACUUUAUAGUUUGAAAGAAAAUAACUUCCUUUCCUGACUGAGUGUAUUUCCAAUUUCACAUUCUCUCAUAUCCUUAGAAGAUAAAGAAGCACUUUUCUCUUUAACAGUCCCCUCUCACUGGGGUUUGUUUUAUUAAGUUUACACAUGCUCACGCUUCAGACACGUUCAGACACCAGUACCUGCGUAUCUUAUUUAUUUGACUUUAUUUGUAUUAUUUUAUUUAUUUUAUGUAUGUAUGUUUGUAUUAUUUAUUUAUUUAUACAUGCACUGGACUAAUUAAAAACGACGCUGCUGUUACAUCAGCCUAAUGCUGGAAUUACAGCAAAAAAUGACAAAUUGACCAUGUGCUGUACUUAGAAAACAGCACUCCUCAUGAACAGACAUACAGGAAAAAUCCUGGAAAAGUAGUCUUAGCAAGCAUCAUUAAGAAGUAAAUCUGAAAAGCACAAGUAUUUAUUUAUUCAUUUAUUUAAUACUAAGAUGUUGUACAUCCAAAAACACUUAUUCUCUUUAUAAUUUUUGGUAAAUGACUGCUGGGAAAAAACAAUGCUGGUGACUGCCAACAUUUUUUACCUCAGACGUUCAUGGGAAAAUUCAAAGCGAUGAAGGACUGAAAAUCUGUUUGAUCACAUGUUUGGCUUGCGGCAGAAUUGACGAAUAUGUGUUCUUUUUCGAUAAACAUUUCCAGAGACAUAUUAUGUUGUUGACACAACUGCAUUUAGCUGUUGAAACUUUACUUUGCAUGUGAAUUAGAGACGGUGUUAACACGGUCACACUGUCCACAGUGAGGAAUGACACACUGCAUGACGUGUCCUGAAUGUUAGAUCAGACUUUGGUUUCACUUCACGUUUAAACAGUGUUUUAAACAACAUAAGCAAAGUUUAUUUUUCUAAUAAAGAGCGUAGUUAGUCUCCUUUCAGUCCAAUUUGUGACAUUAUAUUUUAUUAAAUCACCCUUUCCAUGUCUUGGUUACAAUUCACAGCUUAUUUUCCAAGAAAACGUUGCACUCCAUUUCCUCAAAUUUAACAUUAUUACUGAGAUUUUCAGACAAUUUAUUACAUUUGAACCCUGGAAUACUGAGUAAGACUACUUUAAAGCCUUUCAUGAGCGUGUUUACAGGGAAUUUUCCAGCAUCUAGGAUUAUUAUAUUUUUGUUGUGCUUUCCAGAUUUGAAGUUUUUACAUGUUUUUUUUAACAAGCAACUUAUCUUAAACAUAUUCCAUGUAGAAAAGAGCAAAAGCAGCAUUACAUAAGAAACAAAGUGGGAAAAUUCUUUGAAUGACGUCUCAUCCUUUGAAUCACAUGGAAGCUUUUGAGUAAAAACCACAUGAGCAGCUGUUGGGGACACACUCUUAAGUCUUGGUGUCAACUGUACAGAUCAAUAUAUCAUUUUUUCAUGUUACAGCAGACAGUUAAAUGGAAAGGGCGUUAACACAGUCCUCUUUGUCUGUGUCUCCUCUGCCCAGUAUGGAUAAUUUAUGAGCAGGUGAUGAUCGCAGCGCUGGACUGCAGUCGAGAUGACUUGGCUCUGGUGAGUUUUUACCGCUCUUCCUUACACACCCAGGAGCUUCAAAGGCCAUCCUUCACUCUCCCAUUCAUUCCUACUUUGCUUCACCUCCUUUGCCAACUGCGAAAAUCAGAUUUUUAUUUGGCCAAAUGGUACAACUCCAUCUGUACGGUGGAAAAACAAUUUUCUGAGAGCUGGAUUCAGACAGUGUUGCAAACGAGCGGAGAAGCAUGCUUCAAGUAGCUGAAGUUGGCCCUCAGUUAUUGAGUUCAACUGCUUUUUUCCCUCAAGGUUUAUUUGCCAUGCUUAAACUUCAGUUGACGUUUCUGAGUUCAUGUUGAAAUUACAUGCUCUAAAAAUGGUCAAAUGCGCAAGGAUAAAAAAGAAGAAAAAAAAACAUGGCAGCUGAAAAGGUACAUCUUUAAUCAGUAUGGAUGGAAUGACUUGCUUGGCAAAAGAGUGACUCAUUGAUUACAGAAAAGGCAGAACUCAGUCAUUACAAUUAGUUGUCUGUUGGCGAUCCUUUCAAGCCUUGCUGCCAGAAGUUAUAAAAAACUAGUAGGACCAGACUCUAGCUGAUGGAUAGCGCUAACGAUACAAACCACACUGCAGACUUUCUCCCGACUUAUUUGGACCAACGCUGAAUGUGAUUGUAGCCUUUCUUCACCUUUUACUACAAAAUGAAAUAUUAAACAACAAAUGUAAUCGCCAACAAAUGUUCAAACCUCAGACAGUUGUGACAUUUUUGAAACUAGUGUUGUGACGUCUCUGAUUUUUCAUGUGUGUUAAAACAAAAAUGUAUCAAAGUUAAGUUACAUAACUGCAAUUGGACUCUCCCCUCUGCCCACAUCCUUGCAGACCUGUCUACAGGAACUGAGGAAGCAGUUUCCAGAUAGUCACAGAGUGAAGCGAUUGACGGGCAUGAGGCUGGAAGCUUUGGAAAGGUAAGCAGCGGGUACCAGAGGCAGAAAAACAGGCCAAAAAACAGCUUGGGCUCACUGUCAUGCACCGAGAGUGCGAUGAUGUAUGGGGUUGAAACUGUUUGCAACACCCUAAGCGAUAUAAUGUCUGGUGUUGUGUAAGUACAGCUUGUGUGUGGAGUAGAUUGCGUUUAUGGUCACCCAGAAUUCUUCAGAGGAGGAGGGAAACUGGGAGAGGAAAAGUUCAGGACUGGGUAGCCUGUAUCCCUGUCGCCUGAGCUAAGGAUUCCCGGGAAGGAAGUGGUCAGAACCCACUGUUAUUCUGGGGGUCCCUCAAUCUUUUCUGGUUUUAAUUCCUCCCUUGUUUCCUUAUUUCGUUACUCUCUGUCUCCUUGUGUUUUCCUCUCCCUCUCUGCCCUCACUUAUUUUCAUGCUUUCAUGCUUCUCUGUUUUGGUGAAGAGACCAAAACAGGAGCGGGAUAAUGCCUCAGCACUGUAAAUAUUGACAUGUCACCACAUUGUCAACUUUGUCCUGCCGCCUAUUUCAGUCAUGUGUUUUUAUUUUUGAAUCUGCAGAGAGAAGCAAGACAGACAAGAGAGGAGGAUUUUGUUCUAUACUAAACUAGGAUGAGAAUAGUUGAGUCUGUUCGCUGCCUCCCUCACAUUUCCCAGCUGGGUCCCCAUAACUGGUUUAUCAGUUAUGUCAGAGUUUAUGUGAUAAUGAGAGUGAUUGCUUCAGCACUGUCAGAUUAAAUAAACAACACACAGCAUCUAAUUGGCAGCAGACAGGGCUACACUUGAAUGAACCAGCUUCAAAAAGCCUGGCCCCUCCCAUCCUCGCACACACACACACACACACGCACGCACAUUCGGCUCUUGAAUAAAUAAAGCAAAUCAAAGUGGCUCGUGAGUGCUCGCCUGGUGCCAUCUGAAAUCUCCCCUAAAGUGUGGCUGAGUAAUAAAGUGAAUGUGAGGGAAGAAGCAGCGUUGGAAGUGGGGCUUCUCAGCACUAAUGGGAACCAGAAUUGCUUCUGUCUGUUGCAGACUGUGGGCGGGACACUUUCUGAUCACUGAUCCCCCGCCUUUGGCUGCUGAGUCGUCGGUGUUGCAGAUUGCCUCUCAUAGAAAAAAAAGUUUUAAAAAUCAUCCUUCAGCGGCUGAUUUGACAUGACAAGUGAAGUGCACAUGCCUCCUACUCCCAGAUUUCUUUACCGGAUGAUUUGAUAUUUACAGCUCAUAAAUUUCCCUUUUUAAACAGAAUCAUGUGGGCACAGCCCGGCAGUUUGAGGCGCGCCAUGCUGGAUAUUGUUGCUUAUCAGGUUCAUAUGUCUCUAUUGUGGUGUUAUACAUGAGCCAGGAGACAGACAACUGACCCAGCAUUUUAGCUGCAGCUCUGGACAGAUGUAAAAGCAGCAAUUAAAUUUUGUUUAAAGGUGAAUCAAACUGGAUACAAUCAAAUGAAACUACAACCUUCGAAAUCGUGAGCUUUGUUUGUAUUGAUUUCAUGACUCAUUGUGAAGUGAUUUAAGCCCCUCAGCAUGUCUGCUGUGUUAGCAGUAACCUUGACUUACAUGAAUGUUUAUUUCUGCCUUCAGAUCACCACUGAUUUCUGUACAGCUUCACUGUAAUCACAGGAACCUGCCACGCUGUAUACACAAACUUGAUUACCUUGAACUUUGUUUGAUUUCCCCACCACCUAAUUUCAUCCGACUUUAGACUGGGAUUGGUUAAAAACCAAAUUUUAUUCUCCUCUUUCUCUUUCCAAAGGUACGAUGAGGCCAGCAAGCACUACGAUGCCAUUCUCCAGGACGACCCCACCAAUACGGUAAGACUGAGGAGCGGGGAAAGAGAGGGGAAAGCCCCUCCGCUUAGCAGACUGCUUUGCUUGACUUUUGUGGUCUUAGUGUUUCAGAGGGCUUUAAAUCUGCUGAGGCACUUUGGUGUUAGCAGUGUGAGUUUGCUAUGUUAAACUCCCCUUGGCCUCUCUGACCUUAACCGCAGUGCUGAUCAGCCUAUCACCCACACAACUAAAAGGUGGGGAGGGGGCUGUUUGAAUUGGGGCUGAUUCAUGGUCUUAGUCAGUGGCAGGCAUGUUUGGUGGAAGUAAAGCGUAAAUAAAGCUCUGGCCUUUGAAGAAGGUGAUUUAGCAGACCUCUCAGACCUUCACCCUCAGUGAGCAGAGCUGUGCUUCUGGCCCACCUUCUCCUCUCUUGGCAUCAGGUGCAGUGACUGAUGUGGGCCUUGCUUUUGAUGCUCCUCUGAAGCUCUCUUUGCUAUCUUUUCAAUUCACUGUUCAUCCCUGCAAACCGACUUGCAGUAGCACAUCAAACCGGUGUUCUGCCAGUCCACAUCACCAACCCAUAACAUAAAGUACCUGCUGUUAAUUGUUUCCAUAAGGACGUGCAGCCAUUGGAGGAAAUAAAUCUUUUUAAGGGUUUCAAACAAAACCAUGACCUUAUUUAUUUUGGCUGUUCUCCUCCCCCCUCACCCCAGAGAUGUUCAACAAGUUCCUUUUGCCGAGCGGACAUAUGGAUUGCUUUAGACGGACUAAACAUUUUGUUUGAGUGCUUCAGACACAGCUUUUGAUGCUAUGCCAAGAUUCCUCACGCUGUUGUUUAUCUUUUAGCAGCAACUCACGUCGACACCAUGUGUGUUUGCAAGUAAGUCUUCAAAACAAAGGACUUCACUGUCGUAAUCAGCGUCCCUACUUGGUUGUAGUUCAGUGUGGAACCAACACUAAAAUUUAGAAACUGUGCACAACAACACAGAAAGAAUUUGUCACUUACUUGUUUUCUUUGUGUCCACUUAGUAUUGUCAUUAUUAAAUUGCUGAUGCAGAAAAAAUAAAAAUCAGUUGAAGGCCUCCUUUCUUGAGGACAUAAUUAUAAUCGGUAAUAAGAAGCAUGUCUGCCAGUAGCAGAAAAAAAAAAAUUGUGUCAAAGUCAACUUUCCUCGUUUAUGCAGAGGGCUGCAUUCAUGCUAUGUCUGAUGGGAAAAUACCACUGGGAUGAUUACAGUGAAUCAUCAAGAAAGAGGUUUUCAGUCCAGUACAAGAUUAAAGUAAAGCCACAAAUCUUUUAAUUUCUCUGUUGUGCUCUGCUGUCAAUUUCAUAAACAAAACAUGUAUUUCUUCAGAAAGUUUUUUUUUUUUACGACUGUCAUAGUCUACAACAAGGAUAAUAUCUACCAUUUGGACAAAGGGAGUUGUAAAAUCUGUGAUUCCCAGGGCACCUCCCCAGCAUGGCACAAAUCCUCCUGGGGUUUUCAGGGAAAGGGAAUGGUCAGUUUCCUGGUCACCAUGUGUUGGACACUGCCACCCAUAGGCUGUCAGUCAAACUUGGGGCCGGGAACGGAACAUAAAGAAAAGAAAAAUAGGUCUCCUGUCCCUGGGAUCCUAACCUUCAACCCUUUUCCCACAAUCCUUGUCCUGAGCAGCAGAGGUGUGGUAGCAGAGGGUGGGGCAAUGACACAGUGACAUCAUUUAGGUCACCUGUCUCGGACUGAGAGCCGUCUCCUCCUCGCAUGUUCUCCCGCUCGCUCUUAAGAAUGGAGCAGGGGAUGGGCUCGAGAAAUGGCGGAAAAUUGGCGACCACAGAGAAGACUUGCGAGGCAUCCCAGCAUGCGAAGCAGAGAUUGGAAACUGAGCUGUUGUAAUUACAGGCUGUGGAAUAGAUGUGGUACCCAUUAACCAAAAUUGUUGAAUCAACAAAAAUUGCUCAAGGUUUUUUUUUUUUUUUUUUUUUUUUUUGUGCCAUGGCGGUGUCCAAAAAAUGUUUCAAACUCUUAGCCCUUCCAUUGCUUGCUAUGUUCCAAUACCUACAGCAAUGAUCUGGCAAAAUUCUUGUCUGUGUGCAUGAAGGCGUUUUUUUUUUUUUUUUCCACCUUUAUGUUUCUUCUUCAGGCUCAAAAUGACCGUGACAUACCCACAACACAUGCAGACAGAAACCGUUUUUUUUACCUCCACAUCCACUCAACUCUGUCAUGUAGAAUUCCAACACUCACAUUUUACCGUCAUGGUUUAGUAUAAAACUAGUGUUUCCCAAAUAAGCCACCGGGGUCAUGUACACAGCCUCUGAGGUGGACCCACAAUCAAAAGCAAUAACAGAUCAGUUUUGAUAUGUAAUUAUAUAUUUGUGUAGCUAAAAAUCAGCUGAAACCUGAAGCCCCCAUUCAAAGUUUCUGACCACAUAAAAGUGAGUAAAAUUAUUCAUAUUCACCAUUAAAACAUUCUUUGCUUUGUCAUUUUUAAAUUUGCAUAUUGGAAUAAAGAAAAAAAUGUAUUCUGUUUCAUAUUUGAUGAUUAUUGAAUACCCUCACUCCCAUUGAUCCUGAUCAAGUACUGGAUCAGAGUCCAUCUGAACAUUUUUUGUAAAACUGAUAGAGGAUCUGUAAUCUAAAUGGGUCAUCUCAUUCCAAUCUUUUACUUCAUCUUGAGUGUCCCGAUACAACGUUAACCUCCGAUACGAUACCGAUAUUGUAGCCUUCAGUAUUGGCUGAUACCGAUAUUCAAUAUUGGCACAAAACUGUGCAUGACAAGUUUCACUCAGCUACAAUGUCUUUUUCGGACAUCAACAAAAAAUACUGCCACACAGCCGACAUCACUCCUGCUCCUUGCUACUUUGUUUGUACUUUGUUUGUACCUUAGUACACACUGUCGUUGUGAUCACGAUGCCUUUGCAUGCAGGAUCCGGGUGCUGCUAGCUGGAGGUGCUGGAGUGGAGUCUGGAAUGGACUGCUUGUAUCGGAGUGCUGAUAUCGGAGAUUUUAGAUGCAGGCUGAUGUAAUCCAGUAUUUGUUUUUUGGCUGAUAUCAGACUGAUAUCUGCUAUCGACAUUGUAUCAGGACAGCCCUAAGCUGAAUGCAAAUGCAUGACUUAGCAUCAGCAACUAUACAAGGAUCAGAUUAGGACUUGGUAUUGGCAGAUUUUACAAUAUUGUGUAGAGAUUGUGUUAAAAAAAAAGAAAAAGAAGAAGACCAGGACUUCUUUAUUAACAGAUGUGAACAAACAGGAUCCCAAACUUUAAAUAUUGGAUGUCUUUCAUUUCUCACUUUUAUCCCCUCUCCUGAAAUUGCAGUAUAUGUAUUUUACUGAACUAGGUAUGCCAUCGCAGUUGUGGUGUUACUUGAUAUGAAAGAAGGCUGUGCCAGGUCAUAACAAAGUGCCAAAGUGGUGUAAAUAAUCCAGUCCUCACUUCUGAGGGUUCCUCACUCUUGAGGUCUCCCUCGAGCGCUAAUUAAAAAAGAAUCACGACAAGAGAGGAUCAGACCCACUGCCAGGUUUUUCUGGAUCAUUAGUUGGAGAAAGGAGGAGAGAGAGGAGUGGUUUGGAAUUGCUUCUUGUUUAAUAAAGUGCUGUGUGACUCUCAGGGCUACCAACUUCCAUAUGUUCCUUUGAGCCCAGAGUGUUCUUUAUCUUGGAAGGGGGGGAAAAAAAAGUCUGGAGUGAGGGGAGGUGGGUGUGGGGAUGGCAGGAGUGCACAAGUGCAAAAAUCCACAUUCAAAACCAGUCAAGUGUUUUUCUCUCCCUUCCUUUUUUCAUAUUGGAUGAGGAAGUAUCCCACAUGCUUGUAAUUUAGGCUGAUCUAAGUAUCUCACUUAGCAUCAAGUUCUGGUGAAAUUCAUAGUAUGCAAAGUGACGCAGUUCUUUUUAUUUAUUUAUUUAUCUGCAGUCAACAUAAAAAGGGAAUAGUGGGUUGACCUUUUCCUGCUCUGAAUCUGAUAACUUGACGCUGCAUUUUAAUAAUUUCCUCAGGUUGGCUGUUAACCAUCCUGAUAAUACAACAAAUACCCACUUCCACAAAUGUGAGCAGUUAAGGAAGUAUUAAGAAAUAAGUUACAUUCUUGUGUUUAAAGUUGCUGCUGAAGUGAACAUAUUUGAAGAUGUCCCAUUGGAUUUACCUCAGAGAGGCUAAGAUAUUGCAUGUCAGUGGUGGCUGCAGAGUCUCUGCAGGUCCCUGUCCCAGUGUGAUGGAUAAGCGGAUUUCAUAUGGUGGCAGUGUCAGAAGAGGCCCCAAUUUACAGCCCCUUCGACAUGAGUCAUUCGGAGCCUUCAGUGGCUUUGGUUAGGAGUAAAGGAGAGGAAGCCCCACUCAAUCAAAUGCCAGCCCAUAAAUAAAAUCCGCUGUGGCAAGGCAGUGCACUUUUAACAGAGCAGCAGCCUCCUGUUAAGGUUUUCACUUACUACUAGGAGAAGGAGGAGGAGGGCUGGCGGGAGUAAAACAUUUGGAAAAGUUGCAGAAGCGGGAGUAAUGCUGUCUAAUUCAGAUUGAUGAGAAUCUAAUCCACCUUAAGGUCACAGCAACAUCAAAACGAAGCGGAAAGCAAUUUUCGGUUGAUGUAAGUUGGGCUGGUGCAGCGUUAAAUGCGUGCCGUGCCGGCAGGGAGACAGGCGUUUGGGUUUGGGGGAGUGUGCCAUUUUCCCCACUUGGUUAGGGGAUGACUCACCACUUUAUCUCAGCCACUGAGCUCAUGCCAGCUCCCAAACAUUGACUCAUAGAGUGUGUGUCCAUCUCUUGUUGGAUAUGGCCACUAACUAUCCUCAGUUAUGUGUUGGUAGGCUUCUUUUCAGUCAAAUGUUCCGGUAAUGACACACAUAAACUCCAGAAAUUUCAAUUCACUGUCCAAAGUGUCUUUUCUCCUUUAUUUUGAUUGCUCUCGUAACAAAUUGAAGGCCAAGAUGAUUCAGUCAGACGUGGUAAAACUCAGAUUGUGAUACACUUGGAAGACAUGUAGCGACUCACUUUUGAAUCACAACUCUUGCACCCCUCACUUGCCUUUAGACAAAUACUCCAGGAGCUGAGUUUCUAAUCCUGUUUACUCUCUGCUCCACAGGCUGCAAGGAAGCGCAAGAUCUCCAUCCUAAAGGCUCAGGGGAAGAGCACCGAAGCUAUCCGGGAACUCAAUGAGUAUCUGGAGCAGUGAGUAUUUCUAUCAAAGAGGAAAGGUUCUGACAUCCUGUCCAAACUAAGUUUACUUUUAGUACUAUGCCUUGGAUAAUUUUCAUCAGUGUAUUUUAGAUAAUGGUCUCGUUUCUUGACUUUGAUUCAGCUGAUUAAAAAAAACAAGACUUGAAAUGCUGAAGGUAAAGUAACUGUUUGUGUUUGCAGGUUUGUCGGGGACCAAGAAGCAUGGCAUGAAUUGUCAGAGCUCUACAUCAACGAACAUGAGUAAAUAUAUUUCUAACAUUUAAGCAAAUUAGAAAAAGGCACUGUUUGAAUUUGGUGCCUCACAGCAUUAUUUUAAGACCCACUCCGAUGAAAAUCAUGUUUUUUCUUGUUUUCUACAUGUUCAUAGGCAUUUUUUCUGAUGCUACAGGACAUAUCAUAAGAAAAAUAAGUGCGUAAUUGCAUUUCAGGGUAUUUCUGCAACUCCCUGUGACUCAGUGAGAUUUCCUACAUCACAACUGCAAGCUCCGCCCCCCAGAGCCCCACUAUGCAGGCCAGACCUGGUGAAAUAGAGAGGACAAUUGCCUAACAAGCGUGUGCAUUAGCAGAUUGCGAUCCUCGAAAAAAAGCCAAAUAUGAUAUUAACUUUCAUCAUGUCCCUAAAGACAUUAGUGUCCGAGAGCUGAAUAGCUUCUAUGUUACCUGCUACUUCUACUACAUCGGCAAUGUUAGGCUACAUGCUAGCGUGAAGAAGAGACAGCCCGCGACUCAGAGGCGAAUUGCUAAUGAGCUCCUGGAAAAGCUCUUGAAAAUGACACAGGUAACAUGAUUUUGGCUGAAAACCUCAUAAUCACAAUUUCACAACCACUGAGGAGGCUUUAAGUAGAUAAAAAAAAAUAAAUGAUUUGAGUGGGACUGUAAAAAAGAUGAGGUUUUGUUUCAGAGUUGAUUUAUUUGCAGUGUCCUGAUGUUAAAAAAACACUUGUCUUACAUUUGAUGGAUUAUCUCAUAAGAACAGUGAAGCGAAUUUGAAAGGCAUCCAAGAUGAGGGAGAAAUGUUAGAUAUGUCAGAUAGAAAGACGGGAGUUGGGAAGAGAAAGGGGUGGACAGUUUGGAAAUGCAGUAAGUGAGCCUAUUUUUUUUUUUUACUGGUUGUCUGGCAAGUGUCAGUCGGUACAGCUUCACCCUGUCUGCCUCUUUCAGAACAGCUAGUGUGAGUGUAAAUUCACUAAACAGACAAAAAAUCCAAAUGAUUCAGUCCAUCAUGGACCUUCCUCAGUGUAAAGUUAGGCGUGUAGUAUGGACAUCACUUCAUGUGGUUCCUCAACAAAUUCAACCAAUUCUAAAACCAGGCUUAGCUGAGUACAUCUGAAACGAUUAAAAACACAGGAUGUUGCACCAUUGUAAGGAUGAAAUUCAGCAUUAUACUCCUGAUAUUAAUACAAGUAAAGGUCCAAACACUGAGUAUGGGAUGCACUACCACAAGAUGACAGUAAUAAGGAAUCACAGAGAACAGGACAUGCCUGAUAUUUAAUUCUUGCUCAUAGGACGUAGUGACUUGUGAUAGAAAACAUUAGCUUGAAGUUUUUCCCUCGGUUGAACAAAGCUGCAUGUGAGACUGAUGGCUUGAUCUCCAGAAAGCGGUUGGAUGCUCACAAUGGAGGUGGCGAGAUGCCUAACUCAGCCAGGGGUCUGAAUGGAGCACUGUCAAUGUUUGUCACCUAAGAGUUGUUUAAUAGGAUUUCAGCCUUAAGCCUCCCUCUCCUACGUAUGAGAGCAGAAUGAUUCUCUGGCUUCCCACUGAUAUCUCAGUCGCCAAGGUGAAUUACCAGACAGACAAGGGUGGUGUUAGAAAAAAAACAAUAUUGUUUGUGUCACCUUUUAUCCCUUCUUAAUUGUCUGGAGCUCAGGAGUUAGUGAAGCAGUGUGUGCAGUUUACCCAUGGUGUGCACGUUUGUGUGUGUGCGUGCACAUGGGCACAGAGACUUUAAGGCAGCUUGGUUGCUCUGGUAGGAGAGCAGCAGCAGCAGGAAUGUGUGGCGCGGUGAGAAGGCUACUUAUUGGAUAUUUUGUCUUUUUGUCUGGGAGGCUUUAUUGCUGUCGUAGCCAGAGGAAAUCCAGGGGUGAGCGGAUUAUCUCCCAGCUUAUCCCAACACUUCUAAUAUCAGACCAUUCACUCCCACAGCCUCUUAUCUACAGGCGUGUCAAUUUCUUUUCUUUGUUUUCUUUAUUUUGGGUUACAAACUCCCUGUUUCCCCUCCUACUCCUCUUCCGGAUGGCCCGGCAUUAUCGCCACUCUUUUCCAGAGAGUAUGUAGCAAAGGGGCGCAGGGAGAGAGAGAACACUUGCCGUGAAAUUCCCAGGAGAAGGUGGUGGCACUUCUCUCCUCUUCCCCCCCAGCCAGAGAAAACAGAGGGUGAUGGAGAAGCGAGGAAGACAAAUAAACUCUCCUCCCCUCACUGCACAACACCCUGGGAGCUAAAAAUAAACAAAGCCGGGUGUCUGUGUACUGCAGUUGCGAGGGCUGCAGCAGGCUUCAAUGUUAACACAUUAAAAAGGUAAUUAAUAGCCUCUGAGUUGACACUGUUUAAACAAUCCUCAUGCUCGUUUUGUUUAGACAAGAGAUUAUUUUGCCUGUUUUGCAAGCGUUGCACAAAGCCGCUGAAGGAAUCUGUUGUUGGCCCUCAGAUUCAGCUUAUGAGACUCUUACAAAAUACUGGAGCAGUCAUCCAGAAUUACAGGAUAAAUAGUAAUAAUUUUUUCAAACAUACUCUGCACAGUCUGAAUCCAUUUCUGUCUCACUUGCAGUCAGAAUGUGGUAUGAAAAUGGGGGGAAAGCCACUGCUGAUGGUUUUACUGACUUCCAAAAGAAACAGCUCUUACAGACUCGAGCUUGCUCAUGUCUGCAGCCUCACUCAAGCACUGUGGUGAAUAGUCAUCUUAGGAGCUGAGCUGCAGCUUUCGGACAGAGUGGAGAGGAGCUCAAUGAUGAUGGUGGGGUUAGUUCAGAUAGAGGAAGAGUGGAAGAGGUAAGGGUCUGGCUCCAGUACAAGAUUCUGGUUGAUGGCUGAUGAAGCAGGAUCUGUUGCAGGCCACGGCCACUGCACGAGCACAUCUGAAAGUCUUUAUACAGAGGAAGUGGUAAUUGUAAGCAGCCCCCCAACCUUCCAAGCCCUCUGAUCUCCCCCUCAACACAGCCCCUUCCCCCUGUUUAUUUCUUUCUUUGUGUCCCCAUCGUUCUUUAACCUCUGUUAAUCUUUAGAUGGAAUAAUCUUCAUGUUGCAUUCACAUUCUUAAAAACUUUGCACAGCACUUCCCUCUUUUUUUUUUGUCACGUGAGCCUCUCACAUUCACACAUGCCCUGCACUCCUGCACUCCUCCUUUUCAUUGUUUAAGUGAGGUGCAUGUGUGAAUGCAAACAAAUGAUUUAUUUCUCUAAGCCUUGAUGCAGACUUUUUCCUGCCAGCCCACUGAUGAAAGUCCUAAAGGAGUUGGGCUGACAGAGUAUUUCAUAACGUAAGAGUGUGUCUGGUAUGGAUAGUAGCUUUGUCACAUGGGCACAAAUGAUCGGAAUAAAGGCCCGAUCAGAAUUUAAAAGCGCCAUAGAAAAUGUUGAUCAGAAAAUUUGUUUCAUUACUCCGAAACGCCUCCAUUUAAAUACUUAUUUCGAUCGUGACUCUCUACCUGACUCGAUCUUCACUCUUUAGCCUUUGGUUUAUUUCGCUUCUGUUGGUUUGUUGACAGCACAGGCGUAAAUACAACUCUUCUUCUUCUGUGGUUGUUUUAGCAAAAUCAUACAGCUCUGCACAUGUCUAAAUGCUUCUAAUCUGAAUUAAACUUGGUGCAUGUAUAGGCAUGUCAUGAUCGGAUUAUUUGAUUUUGCACCCAUAUCAACAGUGGAAUCAGAUUUUCUGAUCCCUCAAAUUUUUAAUCAGAUUAAAAAAAUUUGUCAAUGUAAACAUGGCUAAUAUCCCACUAUAGGGUGCAGGCAGUGUCCAUUUUGAAAGGACAUUUGAAUUUAGUCUUUUUUGGUUUAUUUUGUCAAUGAAACUCUGUUUUCUUUUGAUUCUCAUUUUAGUGAUUGUUUACAACAAGAUGUCACAUGUCAGCAACUCAAAUUCCCUUUUUGUUACACAGAGCCACAUUUAACUGAUAUAUCUGUGUAAAUGUAAAUGUAAAUGCGGAUUGACUCUGGGUCAUGAGUCCAAAGAAAUCAUAUAUCACACGUUAGAGGAAGUAGGUAGAUUUGUAAGUAUAAGGUAGCUCAGCUCUGUUCAAUUCAACAAGUUAUCCAGUCAAGUUGCGAUGGCUUGUUUAAAAAUUUGCUUUAAACCCUGGGCUGUAAAUGUGAAAAUGAUCAUAACGCUGAAGUUACUAUUUCUAAAAGAUGACUCAAGCUGUGGUCUUUUUGCAUUUUCUUAAAACUAUUAAAAAAUCUUCAAAGAAUGACCUUAACUUUAAAGUUACGACAGAGAUAGACAGUUCAUGAAGCCCCGUUUUGGUAGAUUUCUGUUUGCGUUGGCCUCUAUUUUGCUAGGUGUACAGCUGUUUUAUGGCUUUGUGUUCGAUGAUCUACUGUAUUUUCACUCAUCUCGGUCUGGAUCUGUGAAGGGGAAACUGUGUUUUAGGACUGGAGUGGCAGCAGAUUAGUGUGAGGUCAACAGCUCAGCAGUCUGCUGCUGAGAAGUGAUCUCAUCUGAGUAUAGGCAGAGUGUGCCAGCUUUUACUGUAGUGCUGACCUCAGGAAGGUAGUUAACUACACAUUAAAGACUGAAAAAACACAGAUUGGGAUUGAUCCUUAAAGUCCCCAAAGGAGGGAAAACAACCACAGGAGAUGGGCUUUUACCUUUGCCAGCUGUCUUUGCUGAGUAACCGUCUCUGUAAGCUCAUAAAUAAACUUUAUUUCAUGCAAUAAUCUCAACAGAUCUCCGUAAACCGACCGUGUAAUCGCGAGUCAGCUGACCCACAACCUGUUGAGUUUUCAAUCCUGUUUUCAACCUGUGAAUUUAUCGGGCAUGGAUGUUGUGCUUCACAGUUGAACAAGCUAAAUGAUGACACGACCACAGCUGUAUCAAUCUCCCGACUGUUUUCUUUGUCGUUUCCACAGCUAUGGAAAAGCGGCGUUUUGUCUGGAGGAGCUGAUGAUGACCAAUCCUCACAAUCACUUGUACUGUGAGCAGUACGCUGAGGUAGGUACCCGCCUGGACGUCCGUCGUCAAGCAUGGGGUACACGCUGUGGAACAAAUGUUCGCCCUCUGUGAAUGGUGCCUCUCUGUUACACCGAGAGACACCGACACACACCGAACGUCAUUGGGAAUACAGGCUCAUGAAAGGAGAUGUGUGUUUAGACAAGGUUGUCAUGUACUGCUUAUUCAGAUGUCAUGCUGUCAUUGCCUGAGCUGCCCUUUAGCAAAAACUCAUUGGCCUCAUUUAAUGCCUCCUCUCACAGGUGAAAUACACCCAGGGGGGGCUGGAAAACCUGGAGCUGUCCAGAAAGUAUUUUGCCCAGGCGCUGCGGCUGAACAACCGAAACAUGAGGGCAUUGUUUGGUCUGUACAUGGUGAGUACGGCUCUGCAUGGAGAGAAAGUAGGAGAGGGAGAGAGGGAAAGGAAAAGAGAGGAAAAAAAGAGGAACCUUUUUUGUAACCCUGUGGUUUGUCAAGGUUGAAGCUGGCCACUGCCUGUGUCAAGGAAGACUGUAGAGUGUGUACGUGUUUGCGAGUGUGUACACGAGUGUGUACACGAGUGUGUGUGAGGGGGUGCUUUUUUGGGGGAGAGGAGAAGGGGCUCUCAGACAGGUCAGCUCACUGCUGACUCAGACGGUGAACUCCAGCUUUGGAAAAGUCCGCCCCUAAGGAGCUCUUUAUUUUUGGUAAUAAUAGCCCUUUGGUGAAGUUUUUUCAUGUUUAUGACUUGAACAAAUAAAGAAGUCAUGGAGUGAAAAAGAGGAAAGCAGGAGAAAGAGAGCAGCACAACUGCUGCAAGCAUUUUGUCACCGGCAAACGAUCCGACCAGGUGCCAGUUUGAUUGUUGCCCCGGCCCAGCAGGCCUUUCAUCUGCAUAUUUGUUUAAACAGGAUGUUGUCUGCUAGUGCCAAUGCAUCAUAUGUAAGUGAGACUUGACAUAAAAACACAAACGAAGCAGUGUAGGGAACGAAACGAAGAGAGGGGAAGCAGGUCCAACACAGAGAGCCCCAGUGUUUUCCUGUGUGCUGCGCUGGGAUCCUUCAGGUAGUCCAAACACCUCUGAGCAGCCCUGAGAACGCUCCAAGGUGUACGCGGCAGAGUACAGGACGAGCAGGGCAGGGUCAGACCAAGACAUCGGCUUCUGUUAAUGCUCAGGUUCGUCUGGAGACAAAGCAGGCCCUGUGCUGUUUCCUGACAAGUCAUCCGCUGACACCCGGGUCUUUAAGGGAGACUUCAGGUGGGAGUUUAUUCUUUAUCACUCACAGAUCUGGUCUCUGGGGUCUGUUUUGCAGAUUUUCAAGCUGAUCCCCCUGGUCCAGAUCUUGACAGGUGCAAGAAGUUCAGUCAAAGGGCAGGAAACUUUCACCAUUAUAUGCCAUCUGAGUCAGUCCAGUGGAAGACCUAGUAGCACUGACCACAGUUGGGUUGUGGGUUCGUUACUCACAACACUUGCGUGGGGAUUCCCCUCCAUAACUGGGCACACAGUAAUUCAGGGAUAGCCUGCACGGGCUGUCAUAACCUAAAUUAAGGUUUUUUUCCUCAGUUAAAGAAGAAGUAAAGAAAAUGCUUACUAAAUAAAGCAGAAGCCAAACCAUGUGAUAGAAAAAACAGGGUCAGGUUGAUUGGUGUGUAGUUAAAGUUUCAGCACACUGGUGGGGAGGGCUUUGAAGUGCAGGCAGGGUAAGCCCUCUGGGGUUUGCUGUGUGGAGAUGAUGGCAGGAACAUGGGAAAGACAUGGGAUUUGUGGUUCGGAGGGGAGCUGUCGGGGCAGGCAAAGACUGUGAUUCACACAGCGCUCCGUUCACUGCGCCGGCUUCUUUUUUCUCAAAGACAUACAAGGUCUUUUCAUCGCUGGGAAUCGAUGGUGUUGGAGAAAUUAGGCCCCGUUAAGUGACAAUUUACGUAUGAAGCAUUAAAACACUCACUUUUUCCUCCCUAUAAAUGAUUUCUCCUGUGUCAUCAGGCCAAGGUCUGUUUUUUCUCUUCAUUCUGCCACAAUGACUAGUGCAGUGGUAGAUGGUAAGAGUGGUUGCACAUUCAUCUCAAUUACGCUUUUAUUGCUGUUUCACCAAGUUUUGAUAUAAGAACACCCCUUCCCUUGUGCUCUCCUUCUCUUCUUUCCGUUUUCUGUUUUUUUUUCUCUCUAGUCUGCGAGCCACAUUGCUGCCAGUCCAAAAGUUAGUGCCAAGGUGAAGAAGGACAACAUGAAGUAUGCUGCAUGGGCUGCUACACAGAUAAAUAGAGCCUAUAAGGUGAGUUGUGUAGAUUUCUAUUCUGUCUCUUACUUUUGGUGACUUUGUCUUCCACUGAACAACGCCUUUACUUUUUCCCAUAUCUCUGUUUAUUCAAAAUGACAAUGGAAACCGCAUAUCAUGUUAUCUUCAUACUCUUCUGUUGUGUUUAAGCUUUCAUUGUGUAUUUGCUCACAAUAUCCAGAUCACCAGAAAUCCCCUCAUUUGCAUACUUUGUGCGAAAUAUCCACCACCAAAUGACCCCUGAAUGCGCAGUUCUCCUGAAAGAUGCUUUCCACUUGCAGCAUCGUAAUAACAACCCCAGUGUCUUUCACCGUGUCUGGGUACAUUUACUUUUAAUGUGUUGACUCAAGGCCGCAAUGUCUGCUAAGACUUUACUCCACACCCUGGCUUCUCAGAUGAGCUUCUGGGGGAGCCGCAAGCUGCUUCUCGGUAGACAAGAAUCACGCUAGACUGUAGCACAUGGAUGUCAUGUGCGGUGGUUCUCUCACCUCCAUUUACACACGUGAGAUCCUAGUUUUAGAUUUCAUUUCUUUCCUCUAUUUAGAUCAUUUAAAGUUGUCCAUUUGAUUAAAACACACAGCAAAUCCAGAUCAUUUUAGAAUAACUAAAUAACUGUUUGGCCCUGAGGGUCGCUAAAUUCAUGUAGUUAAUCUGCAGUAUGAUCAGAAUUCACAGUAUAACCCCAAUUCACAUCUGUACUGUGAAUGUGGGAAUAUAAGUAUCUCCAGUAUAUGAGAUGAGACGUCCUAGUCUGGAAAAAGUUCGAACUGUCUUCCUCUAUGGAGACUUUUAUCGCUAUCAAAAGUCCACAAUUUGCCGUAGGGCUGGGCGAUAUGGCCUCAAAUCAAUAUCAUGAUAUAUUAAGUAGUUCACCUCAGUAACGAUAAAUGGACCAUAACUAAUUAACCCCCCCCCCCCACAUUAACUUUGUUUACUUCAGCUAUCGCUCCAACUUUUGAACCGUCCUUCAUCUCCUCACCUGUCUUUCCCUCUUUGUUACGCACUGGAUGGAGUGGAGUCAUGUGAGUCACGCUGUCCUCUGAUGUAGGACAGUGUCUUAAAGGGACAUGAGACCGUAGCAUACCUACACACAUCGAAACCAACUUUUAUUUAUUUAUUUUUUUGACACUAAAUAUCAUGACAUGGGCAAAAUGACGUCAGUUAUUGUUGUAAAUUUCGGUAUCAGUAAAUUUUCGGUUUAUCGCCCAGCCCUAAUUUGCAGCUUUAAUAUGACUGCAAAGCUCUUUCCAGCUCUGUGUGUGUUUGCUUUAGACCCCCCCUCCUUUGACCAGUUCACUGAGGCUGGUGUCACCCUCCUACGCUGGUUCAUUGUCGUAUUAAAUUGAGAAUUAUUUUUUAAUCAAACUAGCACUCUGUGAAAUUUUUUAUGUACACUUUCCUCUGAGUCAAGUGCCACAUUUAGAAAAAAAAAAAAAAAGUACCUCUCUCUGCAUUUUAUACUUACAUAUAUUUGACGCAUUGGUGUUCAGGGUGCAGCUCGCUCAUUAGAUGACGAAAAAACAAAAAUUGUAAAAAAGCAUCUUUAAAACUUCAGUUUAAGAUAAAUCUUGCUAUUAGAGAGAGAGGGGCAGCCAAACAUGGAGGUUAAGAACUGAGGUGUAUGAACGUUCAUUCUCAAAAACUAGAAUUUCCACAUACAUAUAAAAUAGGGAAGGGUAAAGUCGAGGGGCUUUUCAGAUGGUAUUAUUGUAAUUGUUUAUGCCGUUGUCACAGCAACCCAAACAUACAGGCAUAUUUAAAAGCCAUCUUCUUUGCCAUGUGUAGCUUAUUUGGGCAGCAACACUUGAACAUGUAAUAAGCGGUUUCUUGCUCCACAUGUGUGGGUCCUGUUGAGAGAGCAGGGGGCUCCCCACUGAGCCUCUAAAGACCUCGUCUCACCACACACUCGGCUCUCCUCGCCUUACAGAUAUAUUUCACAUGUCAAGCACUCAGACGCGUAUGACAGCUCUGUUGGAAAAUGUGCAUGUGAGUCACGUCACUGAACACUGUUUUUUUUUUGUGUGUGUCUAUGUGUCACUUACAUGUUAUGGAAGAGCUCAGAGUGUUUUUUGAUCCUCUUUAGGUCAGAAUUUAUACCGAAAGAACCAAGAUGACCGAAGAGGGGCGGGUUGUUUUGUUUAGGUCAACACAUGGUUUCUAUGCAGAUAUAGAUCUCCUUAAAAUAUAGAAAAAUGUCCAGGUGGGCUGGUUAACAAAAUCAAUCAAUCAAACAUCUUGAUUGAUGUUUGGUCCACGCUGCUCAACACUUUGAUCAGGUUGCUGGCUGACCUCACCUCACUGUCUUUGAAAGCCUUUGAUCCCAGCAGGGGACAAGAUGGAUAUCUAAGUUUUAUCAUAAAUCUGAGGGUUUCAAAAAUGAAGAGACACAGAAAAUAAUAUCUGGAGGGAACUCGGCAGUGUCUAAGCAGGGCAGCUGAUGUCGAUUUGAGGAUGAGCUCAAUGUGUUGACAGUGUGAUUACAAGUUUGACUGAGAUGACAACAGUUCUUGUCAAGACCCUGUUUCAUUCUGUCAACUAUCAGAUAUAAUGUCAUCUUUAUCAGUAUGUAUUUACAUGACAACGCGAUUCAUUUUUAGCGUUGUCUAAAAUGGACAGGUCAUACACAAACAUAUUCACCACGUUUUCAAACAGACCCUUUCUAAGAGCACCGUGGUACUGGUCACAGGAAUGUAACAGUAGCAGAACCAUGAGAGGAGGACGUUUUCUCCGCUUAAAUAUUUUCUUGUUGUCAAGGAGGUGUGGGAGAGGGAGAGGGUUUUACCCACAGACAGACACACAUCUGUGUUUGAUGUCGGCUGUAAUGAAUCAAAGAGACAGCUCUGUGUUUCCCAAACGCUGCCUUAAAUAUGACUGAACACUUCUGUAAAUUCUCGAUACUAACUGAAAGUAAUAUAUCCUUACUGGAUCAUACAGAUGAUUCUGGUCAUUUGACACAAAACUACACAUUAAAACUACGUAUUGUUAAGAAGAGUCACAGAUUGAAUGUAUAAAACACUGCACUCAAACUCAUAACUGCUUCGAUAUUGAGGUAGUUGAAAACAAACUGAGGUGGAGUAAUUUAUCCUUGAUGUAAAUUGGUGCUAGAUGUUUAUCACAUCAGGUUCCAUCUAAAAGAAAAAGACACAAAAUCAGUGGAAGAGUAAAUAGAAAAUGAUGUAGUAAAAAUGUAAACUUGCACAUAAACAUUGAAGAUAAAAAUCUGAUGUCAAAAGUCUCUUGGGGAUGGACGCCCACACCCACUAUUAUACACGGCCCCUGUGCUGGAGGGGUUAUAAGCAAAAUCUGAGUUAGAUUACAGGAGUGCAGCUGUUACAGUAAAGGCCAUGUUGUGCUGGUUUGGAGGAAAAUAGUUUCAGCUGAGUUGUUAUCAUGUCUUCUUAAAGGCCAGCGAACAAAGCAUGUGUGUUCGGAAAGUUUUGACUGUAAGCAGUUUGACCUCUGCGGACGAUAAUGAGACACCUCAGUCAGUCACACGUUUGUCCUCCAGGGAACACGAAGAGUGUCUCAGCAGCAGCCCUCUGUAUCUGCUCUGUCAUCCUGGUAAAAGUGAGGUUUUAUUACGAUUUCAUUUAGGCUGUGCGUGUGCGCACGGGCACCACUCACAUGUUCACUUGUCGAUGUUUUUCAUGUUGCUGUGUGAGACGAGUUAAACGACAAGCCGCCUCCUUUAGUUUCUCACUCCCCACCUCCGCUUAAAUGACUUCUGAGAUCUUUAAGAGGGAGCAGCGGUGUUGGCCUCCGCUCCGUCAGACAGCUGCAGGCUGCAGCGGGCUUGUGCGCGCUGAUUGAUGGCCCCUUUAAAGCGUUGCUCGUGUCAGUCGUCCACUUUUAUUAGACUUCAGUACCUGGUGAUUGUCAUACCUCAGUGAGUGAAAAAGGUGGGCAGGUGAGUGCAAGUGGGAGCAGACGUCAGCAAGAGGUCACAACAGACUUAAAAAAAAAAAAGUAAUUACCUCAGUGUGGUCGGUCGACAUGUAAAAGACCUGGAGAUGUGUGGGAUAUAGGUGCAGAUGGGGGGCUUCAAAGCAGCGCAGCAUGGCCUGCCCUCCUGCCCUUACUCUCCAAACAGAUUCUCUGAUUAGCUCUUCUGUCACGGACCACAGGCUCCCGCUGCGUCACGACUCUAUUAUCAGAAGCUCUAAAUAGAUGUGGAUCUGUCUGGUCUGCUCCUGCUGUUGUAGAACAGGGCAGGAGUUAAUGUGGUGGUCUCACCUCAGGCGGAGGAGAUAAUUGACUACUGGGCCCGGGGUAAUGGCGCAUUAGGCAGCAAGGCAAUGAAAUGCACUGAUCAUUAUAGCUUCCCCAACCACAUACACACACACACAGACGCACACGCACACACACACCCUAAAUCUAGAAGAAUGAGUCACACUUGGAAAUUACGUAGCCAAUUGAACACCUUAGCCAACUUCCUUCUCCUAGUUAGAGUUUGGCUAAAGAGGAAGGAAAAUAGUUUUUGCCAUGGAAAUAGAGUUAGGGCAACAAUUAGGCUUCAGUUAGUUCCUGUUAGUCGGAGCUUGAGCAAGGCCAAAAGUUGAACUCUUCACAGCGCUACAAGCAUGGCUUUAUGUCGAACAUUAAGUUGAGCGUAGUCUGUUUUCUGUUAUUCCAUAUGUAGCUUAAAUGUAGACGAAGGGCUUUGUGUGUUUUGAGAGAAAGCCAAGAUGGUCUUGGUGAGAGUACAAAACUAACAUAUCUGCGGCCAGCUGUUUGGGUUACAAUUAUUGAAAUAGUGUUCGCAGUGUAGGUGUGCGCACGGUCUUGUUUGUGUGCACACUCUGGAGGUUUAUCUCUCCCUGAGGAUGCAGGUGCAGAAUGUGCUCUUUAGUCCAGAGGAGCAUUAAAACUGAAUCUCCCGCCUGCGUUUGGCUCAUUGUGAAGGUGUUUUUCUAAUGGUUUAAUUUAAAGAACCUGGAAGGCGGGUUGCCUCCAGUUUGUCCCUUUGCUGUUUGUCUGUGUUUUAGUUGCUGCUGAUACGUCUUCAAUGCAGAACAGUUUCAUUUUUUUUUCUCUCGUUGUGCUUAAUUUAGAUGAUUAAUUAGCUGCUAAAAUUCUCUUUGGGAUUUUACUAGUUAGCUUUUUUUAAAGGUCACUUGAGUAUAUUAUCAGUAAAAGUUUACAUUCCCAGUUCCCAUUCCCAAAAGGUCUUCAAAGACCUACAAAAUUUCAAAUAAUAGGACUUCUGGUUGCACUUCCAAGUUCCUCUUUUAGUCCUCUUGACUUGGACUUAAAGGAAUAUUCCGGCGUAAAAUUAAGUUAUGGUCAAACACACCAUAACACCGAGUUAAAUACAACCUUGAGAGAUGAAUGUUGCCAACUGCUUGCUUCUCUAGUUAUACCAACUUGAGAUUGAGGUUUGCGUGUGGAGACAUAAACCGCUGUGUAUUGCUACCGUGCGGUCGUUACUAAAGUUGGUAUAACUAGAGAAGCAAGCAGUCAGCAACAUUCAUCUCUCGAGGAGGUGUUUAACUCAGUGUUUCGGUGUGUUUGACUCUAAUUUAAAUUUAUGCCGGAAUAUCCCUUUAAGCUGUAAUCUAUGUGUCCCAUGUAGGAUCUAUUGUGAAAAUGCUGGUGUGCCACUGACUAUUAAUCCUGCGCUAAAAUAGUGAUAAUGUGUCUUGGAUACAAGACAACAAGUGCUUGCAAAAAAUUAAAAAAGUAAUGAGACCGUAUGUGUCCAAAGAACGUUCAGGGGAACAUUUUUAUUGUUUUUGUCACUGCACUUAAUCAUCUCUCCUCCCCUGGUUUGGUCCUCUGAACUGCGGCCGGAGAUGGCUGGGUUUUCAGGGAUUGUUUGACUUGGCCGUCUCAGCUCCUGUGCUGUUAAAUAGCUAGCACAAUGACUUGUGACAAAUGGUAGUUGGAUGUCUUGCAGAAAACAAGUGCUUUAUUCAUUUGACAAAAUACAGUGAAGGCCCUUUGAAUAACUGUGCUCGCACCCAUGCUCAUCAGGACAACGUAACUUGACAAACCAUAAAAAACACACACUUUUGUCCAUUUAUUUCUCUUGAAUUCUGCACAAGAGCCCCACACAUUCAAAAGAUGAAGUGCACUGACCAAUAAAAACGCUAUCAGUCGAAUGUUUAUUUUUUUAAUAUUUUAACUUUUUUUCCCUCUGUUUUCCUUUAUAGACAACAUUGCCUUCCCGCAGCACAACAGACUUGCUCUCAUUUUAUCAUACAUUUCUAGUGAUGUCAAAAAUCCACAUCAAUCGCCCUAUGACAGGAACUUCUAAUCAGACAGUAUAAUUCUGUGUUACACAAGCGGUUUGCAUAAAGGACUACUGCCACUAAUAGUACUACUUAUUUGUAUCACAAUAUCAGUCGUUCAUCUUUUGUAAGUCACAGUAAUUGUUAGGAAUGGGGAUCACAAGUGGCCCUACGAUACGAUAUUACUACGAUACUUGGGCCACGAUAUGAUAUUAUUGCGAUUUUUCACAUUUUGCAGUCCAGUGAGUAUUGCGAUACAAUAUAUUGCGAUUCAUAUAAUUUUUUCAACUGUUCAGCUAAUUUAGCAUUUGUCUUUCCUUUGAUGUUUGUCUUAUUUACGCUAUAUUUUAUUUUCAUGUGGCACAUCUUACAAAUCUUAUAUAUAUUUGUUGUACUAACUUUCUCCUGCUCUAUGAUGUCACCUCUGCAAACCUCAGUGGACAAACAAUUGAUUUUGUAUUUUUCCAUUAUCAUAGAUUUGACUUCAUAUUAGCAAUUAAUUUGAAAAAUCGCUACUUGGUAAAUCAGACGAUGCGAUAUAUCACCAGACAAAAUAUCGCAAUACUAUGCUGUAUCAAUUUUUAUCUCCCACCCUGAGUAAUCGUCAGUGCUGGUGUACUGUGACAGCCGUAGACAUGCUUCAACUACAAGAAAAUCUGAUCGAAAAACAAAGUCUUACCUCUGGCUGAACUUCGCGUUCUGACUUUGAAAUUGACUGUAAAGUUGACUUCAUGAUUGUCUUUGAAGGAUUGGUGUCCUCCUUUUGAAAUGCGGGUGAAGUGAGGUUAACUAGACUGACCCUUAUUAUUUCCCAACCCCUGCCUUAGGUGAGGGAAGUCGAUUCUCUCCUUGGUAUUUUUGGAGGGGAUGCCUUUUCUGUAGCUGUUUAAUUGGACACAAAAAGUGUAUGUCUGUAUGCGCACGCAUGAGUAAUGCUGGAUGUGUUUGGGGAUCAUAAUUUGCGGCACUUCCUGUGAAACCCUUUGGACACGGAGCAGAAAUUAGAGAGGAGUGUUAUGUACUCCUGCACUACAGGCCAUGGAAAUUGACUAAUCAUGUGGGCAUCCUGUCUUGGAGCUAUCAUACACAAAGAGAACUAAAAUGGGACGAAUGCAACAGUUGAGGAAAAACCCUCCAAUUGGAGGUAUUAUUUUACUUCUCAUGACCGGUUCACCAAUUCUAUCCAAUGACCACUGAUGUCUCUCUGAUUAUUUUUGCUUCUGGCAAGCUUUGGGAGUGUUUUGUAGUGUUUAAGUGUGUUUGGCUCUCCACUUCCGAGCUUUAAAAUGAGACCUAACAAGUUGAUGUGUUUUUUUUUUCCUUCUCUUUCUCUGUUUUUCUUUGUCUCCCUCUGUGUCUCUGUAUCUCUCACUCUCCCUCACUGUUAUGCAGCUUGCCGGUCGCGGGACCAAGGAGAAUAAAUGUUCAAUGAAGGCAGUGGAGGAGAUGCUGGAGUCCAUGCAGAUCACCAUGUCCUAGAUGCCCUCCCCUCCUGUCCACGCCCUUUUUCCCAUGUGUGUUCUAACUCGAGAUCUUCGGAGCAACACGGCAGCUGGAAUAGCCUUGCAAUGUGACCAGAACCGGAUCUGUACUGCUGUUGGUUUUUUUCUCAAUCCCAUCAAGUUUGGUCCUGUAAUCGAUUAAACUUGACGUGAACAUUUGGGAUUAAUUUCUCUCUCUUAUGUGCGAAGAUUUCCCCACCCAUCUGGAACCUUCAACAGCAAAUUCUAAGUCCUACAGCAUAUUUAAACAACAACGUGUACAUAGCUUCAACUCAGCUGUGGUUUUUCUCAAGCCUGGAUCAUACCUUCUCCCCGUCAAGUUCACCUUGAACUGAUAUUGCUAAUUAGCACGUCCACAUCAAGGCUAUGACUGUAUGACUAGGAAAGAUAACAACAAGCUGUACAGUAGAUGCUAUUUAUAAAGACAGUGUGGAGCCCCCACCUGUUUGCACUGAGGUCCUUAACUGUUUCUGUACUGUCUGUAAAUGAAACAUCUUUAUCUAAUAAAACUUUGUCCUUUUUCUCUGA